GACGGCGGCAGAGGAGGUUCGUUCUGCAUAGAGACCAACUUUGUAGCAGUGUCGCAGACAGACAGACAGAGCCUGUGCCAUGGCUCAACCUCCAACUUGUUGAUGUCACUUCAUUUACUGCAGUCAUUCAAGGAUGUGAAGAUGCCACAUUCUGUCGACUUCUUCCCCACAGAAACUCUCAUCUCAGGAACCUUUUCUUUGGAUCUGCUCUCCCAGCCUACAGAGUCCUACACAGCAGAUAACUUCACCCUCAGCGUCAGUAACAGUAACGUCAGCGUGCCAGGGAUCCGUUCCUGCACCUAUAAGGAGGACUUUAAGUGGAUCCUGCUCCCUGCCGUCUACACGUUGGUUUUCCUGCUGGGUCUGCCUCUGAAUGCUACUGUUAUACUGAAGAUAUGGAGGACGAGGCCCAACCUGUCCCGCAACAACAUCUAUAUGCUCAACCUGGCCAUAGCCGACUUCCUGUAUGUGAUGUCGCUGCCUUUGCUUAUUUACAACUACGCCAGUCGUGACUACUGGCCUUUUGGGGAGUUGGCCUGUAAACUGGUCAGAUUUCAGUUCUACAGUAAUCUACAUGGCAGCAUCCUGUUCCUCACCUGCAUCAGUGUGCAGCGUUAUGUUGGUAUUUGCCAUCCUCUCGCGAUAUGGCACAAGCAAGGUGGACGCAAGCUGGCGUGGUGCAUCUGUGGAGGGGUCUGGCUGGUGGUUGCUCUCCUUUGUGCACCAACUUUCCACUUUGCUGCAACAGGGAUCCAGCGAAACCGCACCGUAUGUUACGACUUAAGCCCACCCAAUCUUUCUGUGCAGUACUAUCCGUACGGCAUGGCUCUCACCUGCCUCGGCUUCGUGCUGCCUUUCAUGGGUGUAAUGGUGUGCUACUGCCGCAUGGCCCACUUACUCUGCCGCCCGGUGUCCUACCAAGGAGUCUCCGUGGCAACUGGAGAGAAACGGGACAAGGCGGUGAGGAUGAUCAUCGUUGUGGCAGUGGUGUUCUGCAUCAGCUUCCUACCCUUUCACCUCACCAAAACCAUGUACCUGUUGGUCCGCUCGCUGCCCGGCGUGGCCUGCGAAACUAGAAACCUGUUUGCCAUCAUCUAUAAGAGCACCAGGCCGUUUGCAAGCAUGAACAGCUUUCUGGAUCCUAUUCUGUUUUACUUCACCCAGCCACGCUACCGGCGCAGCACAAGAAGGUUUGUGCUGAAAAUCACCACCCUCAGGGACAAGGGGACCAGUGUAUGACCUGCAGGAUCUCCCUCAGAACAUCCACAGUGGGCCCGAACACAGGCCAUAUGGGUCAUGGGUGGAUUUUUAAUUUUUUUUUUUUUUUUUAAUAGUUUUCUUCAGAAAAAUCCAAAGCCUUCAUGCACUAUAUCAAAGAACAAACAUAUUGAAAACCCUUCUGAAAAGGCAACAUGAAGGUUGUGUUCAUUCAUGUAACUGGUUUUGACCAUUACAGAUUAUGGAUGUAUUUUAUCAGUGAAACUGAUGCAUUUCACUUCAAGUUCAGUUUGUAAACUACUGCCAAGAAAUACUGUAACACUGAACUGCUUGUGGUGGAACAUGUCAUUCUGAAUCAGCCCUGUCCACAUUUUCUGUUCAUUUUUUUCCAUCUCCACUGUGAAUGUAGAGUAGAAAUGUUUAACGUCUUUUUGUAAAUUAGCAUUUCCUUCAGUUUUUCACUGUGAAUUGUAGAGUAAGAUAAAAGUGAGCUAAAGGCCGGCCUGUUUGUGUACAGUGCAUGUAAAUGUUUAUGACUGCAUGUUAAAAUGACAUGAAGAACUUGUAAAAUUAUGUUUUUUGGUUAAUUUACAAACUAAAGUAACCACAGCCCAGUAAUUAUAGGACUGCAAAAACAUGGAAGAACUAACAGCAGGAAUGAAAAUGAAAGUUUGUAUGUCUUUUUAUGUCCUUAUGAAGGAUUUCCUUUUGUGCCCCCCCCCCCCCCCCCCAAAAAAAACAAAACAAAACAAAACAUGUUAAAACUGCUGUUUUAUCAGUCGUGUAUUUUCACCACUAUGCACUCUGUCUUUUCUAAAUGGCUCUGAUGUACAUAUUCCCUGGAUUUUCUAGAAUUACAGGAAGGAUCACAAUUUAUCUGCUAGUCAACAACAAACUGGUAGAAACAAAGGGGUUAAUUUGGCAUAAAGUGCACACCACAUUAAAGUAGGCCAUCACUGCAUGGUUUCUCCUACAAGUUCUUUAGGAUUUCCAGGGACCAAAAUAAUCUGUCAGUGCAGAUUUAUGUAGUCAAACACUGUUUAAAACUAGUCACGGGCAUUAGAUGCUUAGAGGGAAAUCAAAAGUGACUUUUUUUUAUUGUUGUGUGAACCAUUUCUAUGAAAUUAAGGCAUUGCUUUGUGAUUCAGGUUUGAUUCUAGGUAGUAUAAUAGAAAGUAGAGGCAGCUGUGUGAUGAGAUUUUGUGCAUGUAUCAUCGUACUUUAGAUGAAAUGUGAAUGCUAGAAAAGAAUAUAAAUUUAAAUGUUUUGACUGUGCCCUUACUCUUUUAUUGUUGCUGCGUUGUAAAGCACUUUAAAAGCUUUAUAUAAAGAAAAUGUAUUAUUAUAAUUAUUAUUGUUGUUGGGAAUAAUAAUAAUAAUAAUAAUGAUAGUAAAUUAUACUCUAUAUGACAGUCAGUCUUUAUUGUAAUUUAGUUUUUAUGAAGUUACAAGUUAUAUAGUUACUUUUGUUUCAGUUUUGAUAUUAAUAUGAACAGCAAUGUAGAAUGUGCUCUAAAAGCAUCUUGAUGAUCUUCAACUAACUAUACAUUUUAUCUCUUGUCCCAUCUUCCCUCUAUUUUGGUCUCCUAACUACUGUAAGAACCCUAUACUGUCAAUCCUUUUGGUCACUCAAUAAGUUAAAGAACAAAAAACAAAAUUAAUCACCUGCACUAAUUUCUAAAUCCUUAUAGUUGUAGGACACUUGUUGAAAUGUUGCACUAAUGAGAAGUGAAAUGGUUGUAUUUGUUGAAUGUGAACAGUUUUCCUGUUUUUAAAAUGCACGGAGCAUUUAACUGCAGUAUAAGGUCUUAAAAAACUUUAAAAGUUAAUGUACACUGUGUGUCUCGGUCUAUGUACAGUCUGUAUAUUCUGUGAUGUUGUAACACUGGAUGUUGAUCAAUGUUGUAUAUGGUUCUAUCGUGGUUUUUGCAUGUGAUUAAUCCUGAGGAUUCAGAUGUAGAUGAAUACGUGCUAACAUUCUGUCAGUAUUACUUAGACUCUAUUUUGUGUAGCAGAGCAACACAAAAUAGGGUCAUGAAUAGAGUUAUAUUUUUGUUACAAAGAUUUUAAUUUUAAUACAAAACUAACUCUUGUUUUUAUAUAUUUAAUUUUGUUUUUCUCUGUUGCUUGUGAAUGUUUUGGAUGUAACUAUAAUGUAUUGUGAAUUAUUAAAAAGUCAUGCAAC